GGGAACUGCGCUACAGGCGCGCGAGGCAGAGAAGGGCGGCCGGGCCCGGACUGCUUGCUUAGCAGGCUUCAACUCCCCGGACCCGGGACCCGGCCCGGCUAAGGUCCCCGGGGUGCCCAGAGGAGGAAGGGGAAGUUCCAGGCCCUGCCCCUUCGGGACCCCUGGGCGGGCUCACACGCGCGCAGCGUCCUCCGUUUCCAAGCACUGGGGCAGGUAGCGGGGCUCGGGCCUGCCCCCCAGCUGUAGAUGGCAGGGUUUCUCUAGUAUAUCUGGUAUGAGUUCUACAUCUUGGCCUUUUAUCCACCUUCAGCAGUCUCAUCUCCAUCAUCUUAAGAAUAAAUGAGAUUUGCAUGAGUUCCAAACUUGGGGCUGAAGUACAAACUCCAGUGCUGAUAUCCUUUUCUUCUAGUUGUUAUUAACAGCUCCUCAGAAAAUUAAAUGUCGUCAGAAGACCGAGAAGCUCAGGAGGAUGAAUUGCUGGCCCUGGCAAGUAUUUAUGAUGGAGAUGAAUUUAGAAAAGCAGAGUCUGUCCAAGGUGGAGAAACCAGGAUCCAUUUGGACUUACCACAAAAUUUCAAGAUAUUUGUGAGCGGCAAUUCAAAUGAGUGUCUCCAGAAUAGUGGCUUUGAAUACACCAUUUGCUUUCUGCCUCCACUUGUGCUGAACUUUGAACUGCCACCAGAUUAUCCAUCCUCCUCCCCACCUUCAUUCACACUUAGUGGCAAAUGGCUGUCACCAACUCAGCUAUCUGCUCUCUGCAAGCACUUAGACAACCUGUGGGAAGAACACCGUGGCAGCGUGGUCCUGUUUGCCUGGAUGCAGUUUCUUAAGGAAGAGACCUUAGCGUACCUGAAUAUUGUCUCUCCUUUUGAACUCACGAUGGGUUCUCCGAAAAAGGUUCAGAGAAGGAUGGCUCAAGCUUCUUCCAACACAGAGCUAGAUUUUGGAGGAGCCACUGGAUCUGACAUAGACCAAGAGGAAGUUGUGGACGAGAGAGCCGUGCAGGAUGUAGAAUCAUUGUCGAGUCUGAUCCAGGAAAUCUUGGACUUUGAUCAAGCUCAGCAGAUAAAAUGCUUUAAUAGUAAAUUGUUCCUGUGCAAUAUCUGUUUCUGUGAGAAGCUGGGUAGUGAGUGCAUGUACUUCUUGGAGUGCAGGCAUGUGUACUGCAAAGCCUGUCUCAAGGACUACUUUGAAAUCCAGAUCAGAGAUGGCCAAGUUCAAUGCCUCAACUGCCCAGAACCCAAGUGCCCUUCAGUGGCCACUCCUGGUCAGGUCAAAGAGCUAGUGGAAGCAGAGCUGUUUGCCCGUUAUGACCGCCUUCUCCUCCAGUCUACCUUGGACCUGAUGGCCGAUGUGGUGUACUGCCCCCGCCCAUCCUGCCAGCUGCCUGUGAUGCAGGAGCCUGGCUGUACCAUGGGCAUCUGCUCCAGCUGCAAUUUCGCCUUCUGUACUCUGUGCAGACUGACCUACCAUGGGGUCUCUCCAUGUAAGGUGACAGCAGAGAAAUUAAUGGACUUACGAAAUGAGUACCUGCAAGCAGAUGAGGCCAAUAAAAGAUUUUUGGAACAGAGGUAUGGUAAGAGGGUGAUUCAGAAGGCACUGGAAGAGAUGGAAAGUAAGGAGUGGCUAGAAAAGAACUCAAAGAGCUGCCCAUGUUGUGGAACUCCCAUUGAGAAAUUAGAUGGAUGUAACAAGAUGACAUGUACUGGCUGUAUGCAAUAUUUCUGCUGGAUUUGCAUGGGUUCUCUUUCUAGAGCAAACCCUUAUAAACAUUUCACUGAUCCUGCUUCCCCGUGUUUUAACCGGUUGUUCCAUGCUGUGGAUGUUAAUGGAGAUAUUUGGGAAGAUGAGAUUGAAGACUAGUUAACUUCUACUGCUCAAGAUAUGGAAGUGGAAUGGUUUGCCCUAAUCUUUUGUCAAGUAUACAGAGUAACUUUGCAGGAUAUUUAGGGUGCCAUUGAUUUAGUCUUCCUAUGUAGAAGAUAUGGAAGAACAAGGUUUUAUUUUCAUGUGGUACUACUGAUUAAGGCACAUGUAUACAUUUUUUCAUUGCAGCAUAAUUGAGGAAGUAUUAAGCCAAAGGUUCAGAAAAUGAAAACUAGAAAAUAUUAAAUAUUACAAUGUGCCCAAAGCUUUGAAUAGUUAAAAUUAAAUAUUUAUUUUCUUCUCCAAGCUUUAGGGAAAGAGAGAGGGGUCAAGAGUUAAAGACCUUUUUGUCUCUGAGAAGCAUCCCUCUAAGACAUUCUGUGGGAGCUCUCUCAGUAGUACUCCUUAACACUUGGGGUAGGUAGAAGCCUUACUAAAAUUGUGCCGAGACCCUGAUCUUAUUUACUCCGUAUUGCAUUCUUUCCAACCUGAUUUCUGCUAAUUUUAUUUGGAGGAAGCCCGUUACUCUCUAACUGAUUAGAUGGCCCCGUGUCAUUUUGAUCUGCUGCUUUUCAGAAUAGAAAUUUACAGAUAAUUUAAAAAAUAUUUUUUAGUACGUAAACACUGUAGGUCACCUAAUAUAUUUAUCAGUGGUCUAUAGUCCACUGGUUUUGAGCCAAGUCUAGAAUUUAUUGAUAGUGGCUUAGAAGAAUUUCAGCCCUUUUAAACUUUCAUGCUGCUUCUAGGCAGUAGAGCCUAGAUUCAGAACGACUUGCCUUUGCUACCUUUUGUUCUACAUUCUCUCCGGUUGACCCUUGCCCUACCUUUCAUUGGUAAGGACAAUUUUAAUAUUAGCUCCAACAGCUCAUAUUUUUAUUUCCCCUGCUGGGAUAGGAGAAAGCCUAAUAUAUUCCCAAGCUGAACUUUAAUUAUCUGCGUUUUGAUAAUUACACUGCACCACCAUAGUUCCAGCGCUAAGUUUCUGAAUUCUUUUUAAAAGGGCUUCUCUAAUGUGCUAUGGAAAUUUGUUUUCCUAUCCUCUCUUUUUUUUUUUUUGGCAUCAGCACUGUUUCAGGGGAUGAUUUUGGCUUGAUACCUAGAUCCCUGUUCUUGGGUUUUGUUGGCUUUUUGAAAAAUUGUCUUUCCUUAUGGUUUGGUUAGUGGGUUGGUAGCAAAAUAAGAUUUUUGGUAAAAAGGAUAGAAGAAUUCAGCUAAAGCUGUGAACAUGUUCUUUUUUCCUACCUUGUCAUUGAAAAUUGGGGAAUUGCUUUUAACCAUUUUAUGUGUGUGUAUCCAAAGAGCAUGGACUGUUUCUGGAUUGUCAAUGAGGAUGCUAAAUCUUAAAAAUAAAAAUUAUUUAAAAAUUGUCUUAUAA